AUGCUUCGGUGCACACGGACACCCCUCCCAAACCGACUCCUCCAAUCCCUCCCCCGACGACACCUCUCAUCCACGCCCACACCCAAAGCUAAAGCUAAAGCCAAGUCAUCUCCCCCCAAAACCACGCCUCCCACGCCCACAAAUUCCAAACCCAAACCCAAUUCCCAACCCAAACCCAAAGCAAAAUCGCGUCCCGGACCCACACCCGUACCCCCACCCACUGCCCCUACGGGCCCACACUCCCAACUCCAAACACCCUUAUCAAACCUCGCGAACCGCGCAUUCGUCAUCGAAUCCCGCGUCCCAUUCUGGCAGGCCAAGUUCCGCGCGCCACAGUCGACGCCUGUGGUGCUGUGUAUCGUCGGGUUCGCAGUGAGCUCACUCUACUUCUCCUCAACCGCCAUCCCCCCACCCCCACCCCCUCCAAACUCCUCACAAUCCACAGAAGAUCCCCCCUCCUCCUCACUCACAUCAACCCUAACCUCCCCAAUCCGCUUCAUCCUCCGCCCCAUCUUCGCCUCCCCCUCCGAGCGGGACGCCGCACAGGACAACUGGCGGUACUACGCCGGGAUCGCAACGGGCGGCGCCGCGCUCGUGUUGGCGCUGUGCACGCAUAUGGUUGGGGCUAGGUAUGUGCGGUAUAUGGCUGUUGUCCCGCCUAAACCGGGUAUGGGGGCGGUGGGGAGUGCAGGGAAAGUGGGAGCAGGGAAGAAGGGAACGGGCACAGCGAGUAUAGAGAUAUACUCCGCAUUCCGACGUCAUCCCAUCUCGUGCCCUAUCUCCCAAACCACACUGAUCUCCCCACUUCUCGACCCGUCCUCUCCCUCUCCCUCCUCCUCCUCCUCCUCCUCCUCCUCCCUUACCUCCACCCCAAAACCAACAACAACAACAACCGGACGCCCAACCCUCCGCACAAUCCGCAUCCAAGGCCCGCCCUCCUCCCCGCGCAGGCUCGGGUGGGGUCUAUGCAUGUACACCGGAGGAGCGCGCGUGAAUGGCGCGGUGUUGACGCAGUAUGAGACGGUCGAGCUUUUGGAGAGGGUGUGGGUGGAUAAUGGGGGCAGGAUCGAUGUUGGGAGGGAGUAG